UUUCUAUGGUGUAUGUUUGCCUAUAUCAGUGCCUAUAUUACAAUGUUUAAUGCAUCAGAAUAUAUAUUAUUCCUGAAAACAAAAAAAGCAACAUUGUAUAAGCUAAAUUCAUUCCAUGUUCAUACUGCAUACAGAACAAUAAAGGCUCAUUUAAUAUAAAGUAACUCAUUACCUAGUGUCCGUGUGCUCGCUGUGAGACAGUGUGUGGAUACACCUCACUGGCUCCUGCACAUCCCUGCUUUCAUCUGAAGCAGGCCGUGAACGUUUGCUCUGACAGUGACGACUUCUCUGAGGAAGAACUUUCAGUGAUCAGUGUGAUCUGCAGAUGGCGCAGACAGCCCCUGCGCUGUGGUUCAAUAGGAGGCAGAGCUGAGGACCUGUGAGUCUGCAGCAGGAUGACAGAGAGCGGGGAGUGUGCCUUGCUUCACGGCUACAGGCAGAGAUGGCGUCCUGAUGCCGGUGAAUAAGCAGAAAAAGCGAGCGGAGGGAGGGGAGAGGGAUGCGGCCAGCGGAAGAUGAGAAGCUGCAUCAUUCAGAGCAUCACAUGGCGGAAGAUGACUUUUUGUGGUGAUGAUGACGGAGCGUUUUGGAUUUUUACGGAUCUCGAUUGUUCUUUAUUAUUAUUAUCAUCAUUAUUUGUAUAUGAGAUCUGAAACAGCGCUGUGAUUCCUCGGAGCAGGAGGGGCGGUGGGGGUUUGUUGUCUACCUCAGCUGUUUCUCCCUCCAGCGGGGCUCUCUGCUCAUCCGACGCAGGGAGGAGAGGGCAGAGGGAGGGACGGAGGGGCGAUGGCUGCCGGUGGAGCAGGAUGCGGAGAAACGGUGGAGCAGUGCCGGGCCGAGGUGGAGCGCCUGAGCCGGGAACUGGCGGAGGCCAACCGCGAGAAGAUCCGGGCGGCGGAGUGCGGGCUGGUGGUUCUGGAGGAGAACCAGAGCCUGAAGCAGCAGUACGCCGACCUGGAGGCCGAGCAGGAGGCGCUGAGGCAGGAGCUGGAGCAGCUGCAGGAGGUGGGCUCAGCAGGGGCAUUUGGCCAGGCCUACUCCACCCAGCGUAAGGUGGCAGAAGAUGGGGAGACCAAUGAAGAGACACUGCUGCAGGAGUCUGCAUCCAAGGAGGCCUACUACAUGGGUCGCCUCCUGGAGCUUCAGUCGGAGCUGAAGCACAGCCGGGCAUCUACAUCUAACGCUCAGGCUGACAACGAACACCUGAGCACAGUGCUGCAGGAGUUGAGGGAGCAGAGUAAUGAGAUGUUGGAGCUGCAGCGCAGCCGGAUGCGGGAGGAGAUCAGGGAGUACAAGUUUCGAGAGUCGCGGCUGCUCCAGGACUAUACGGAGCUGGAGGAGGAGAACAUCUCUCUGCAGAAACUGGUGUCAACACUCAAACAGAAUCAGGUGGAGUAUGAAGGCCUGAAGCAUGAGAUCAAGGUCCUGGAGGAAGAGACAGAGCUCCUCAACAGUCAGCUACAGGACGCGCUGCGUUUGAAGGACAUCUCAGAUGGCCAGCUGGAGGAGGCGCUGGAAUCUCUGAAGAGUGAGCGUGAGCAGAAAAAACACCUCCGCAGGGAGCUGGUCCAGCACCUCAGCAUGUGUGAUGUGGCCUACACCGGCAGUGCCCACCUGACAUUCACCUCUGCACCACCCAGUGGAAAUGCCACUCCAACUACUCUGCUCUCCCCAAAUGCAGAAGAGCCGACAAGGUGUAACGGCCAUCUCCAGUCUGGGACUGGAGCAGGGACAGCAGCAGGGUCAGGGCCCAGGGCUAAUGGAGAGUACCGAGGACCUGCUCGGAAAGGUGAAGGGACAGUGACAGCAGACCUCUUCAGUGAGAUGAACCUGACGGAGAUCCAGAAGCUCAAACAGCAGCUGAUGACAGUUGAACGUGAGAAAGUAUCGCUGAUGACUAGCUUGCAGGAGUCCCAGACUCAGCUCCAACACACCCAGGGGGCCCUAACAGAGCAGCAUGAGAAGACCCUCCGCCUUAGCCAAAAAGUCAUUGCCCUCCGACGCCUGCACCGCAGGGCCCACCUCAACCAGGAAGCCCAUACCAGUGCCACAUCUCAGCUCCACCAUGAAGCCCUGAUGGAGCUGGCUGCGGAUGAGGAGGAGGCUUAUGAUGAAGGAAUAACUGAGGAGGAUAAGAGUGAGAUACUGAACAAAAGUCAGGUAUUUUCAUACCAGACACCAGGGCUAGAAAUCCUGCAAUGCAAGUACCGUGUGGCUGUGACAGAGGUGGUGGAGCUCAAAGCAGAGGUGAAGGCUUUGCAUGACAGACUGGCUCAGUUUGCAGAGGGAGCUGUGGGGGAGAAGCCAAGGCGGAACAUUCAGCUCCAGAAGCUGGAAAGGCAGGCUGCCUCAUUGGAGAAGAGCUGCCGGGAGGAACGGGAGAAGAUCUGUAGCCUGGAGUUGGAGUUGCAGACAGCUCAGACAGCAGCCAAUGAGAGCCAGGGGGCUUUAAAUGCUGCUCAGGAUGAGUUGGUGACACUGAGCGAGGAGCUUGCCCAGCUGUACCACCACGUCUGUCUGUGCAACAAUGAGACGCCCAACCGUGUCAUGUUGGACUACUACAGACAAGGCAGAGGGCUCAGGGGCCUCAGUGCCAGUCUUAAAGCCAUGUCUUCAGACAACAGCAAAGUUCUCCUCACACCACGCCUUGCCAGGCGGCUGGCCGCUGUCGCUUCGACAACCUCAACUCCUGCAGAGUCACGGAGUCCCUCAGAGUCCCCAUCCAAGGAGCCUUUAUCUGGGGAGCGUGGGAGAGAGGAGAAGGAGGGGGACAGGGAAGGCCUCCAGUUACCAUCGGAUCACAGCCUGCCUCCCUGCACACCUCCGACCCGCUCACCCAGCAUCAGUGCCUCUUCAUCAUCAUCGUCCUCAUCAUCGCCUGCCCUGGAACCAGCUGGUGAGCUGCGCAGGGAGCCCAUGAACAUCUACAACCUCAACGCCAUCAUCAGAGAACAGGUGAAGCACCUCCAAAGGGCAGUAGACAGGUCUCUGCAGCUGUCCAGACAGAGAGCUGCAGCCAGGGAACUGGCCCCUCUCCUGGACAAGGACAAGGAGAGCUGCAUGGAGGAGAUCCUGAAGCUUAAGUCUCUGCUCAGCACCAAGAGAGAGCAGAUAGCCACCCUCAGACUGGUGCUCAAGGCUAACAAACAGACAGCAGAGGGGGCCCUGGCCAACCUGAAGAGUAAGUACGAGGCGGAGAAGUCCAUGGUGACUGACACCAUGACGAAGCUGAGGAAUGAACUCAAGGCCCUGAAGGAAGAUGCCGCCACUUUCUCCUCUCUGCGGGCCAUGUUUGCCACCAGGUGUGACGAAUAUGUGACCCAGCUGGAUGAGAUGCAGAGGCAGCUGGCUGCAGCUGAGGAUGAGAAGAAGACUCUGAACUCCCUCCUGCGGAUGGCCAUCCAGCAGAAACUGGCCCUCACCCAGCGCCUGGAGGAUUUAGCCUUUGACCAAGAGCAGACCCACCGUACUCGUGGGGGCAGGCUUACUCGCAGGAAGACCAGCACCCCCAAAGUAAGUCCCCCAGCCCCUGCUUUGGCCUCCAACGUAGCCCAAGGCACAACUUCAGCUUUGACCCCGGUCAGCCUCCCCCCUUCAGUUCUCACUAGUCCUACAUCAAUUCUUCCCGAUGAUCUCACUGCCCCCCUUAGCCCGUCUCUGGUCAGUGCAGCUGCUGCAGCUCUGGCCUCAGCUCUCACCUCGCCUACGUCACACAUACCCCCUCGCAGUCCGUCAUCAUCAGCGGUUGCCUCAUUGGCCGGCCCUCUAGCACCAGAGAGCCCCCCAUCUCUGGAGCCCCCCUCCUCCCCCUCGGCGCGAACACCUCCCUCAACCCCUCUGAGGCUGGCUCACUCCCAGUGGACCGUGGGGCUGCGGACGUUUGUGGUUGACUCCCACAGUUUCAGUGUCAACAUCUCUCCCACUCUGCCCCGUAGCUCUGGCCUCUCCAGGCACAUCACCACAGACUCUCAUACCUCUACCCCAUCCACCACCACCACUACUGACAGGCCCACGCAGCCAGGAUCUGCCCCCUCUUCUCCCUACCGGUCCCCUAUUCUGGGGCUCAGGCGCUCCACGUGGAGCCCCUCACCCCGAACUCGGCCUUUGUCCAGCCUGACACGCUCCUCUGUCCUCCACACUCCUUCCCCAUCCUCCCCUUACUCCUCCACUCACACCUCUUCUUUCUCCCACAGCUACUCCCCUACCUUCUACAGCUCUUCUUCUGCUUUUAUCCCCUCUAGUUCCUACCUCACCCCUAGCACCUCCUCCUCCUACAGCCACUCCACUCACUACACACCUCUUUACCCCAGAUACUACAGCUCUUACCGGCCCCGGCACUGAUGCUCUACUUUAAGUUCUUUACUGUAUGCCUCCUCAAGGCUUUUCCACCAGGCUCCUUAUUGACACUAAAACUGCAACUCCCAUCAUCCUUCUCCUUUUGUCACCUAUGAGAGUCUGGGCUCACAGAGAGGAGGACAGAGUGGUUUCCUGUUUCCUAAUUCCUGUUUUCCUGUGCCUAAGCUUGGCCAAUGGGUUCUGAAUGUUCAGUGACUUUGCUCAGGGAUUUGACAUAAGGAGCACAAGCGGCCCGCCUUCCUUUUAUUCUGAGGCUGCUGAUUGGUCCACAGAAGGACGUUAAUAGAGACUUUUUAAUGAGAGUUUUUAGGAUGUAGGUUCUUCAGGUUGUGACCACACAUGCAUGAAGUGAUUAAAACACAGAGACAUUCAGACAUUGACUGGACACUUUCACAGGUUGAAAUGAGGGCCAUGACACAUUAAAUACUGUCCUCUAUAUUCAAUGUAAUAUCCACUCUGUUUUAAAUGGUAGUGAAUCUCAUAUACUGUAUACACAAACACUGUAAACCGCAUAUCCUUCAGUGCAAGCCUUCUCCUUUGUUUGCAAGAUUUUAAGGGUUCAGUAUGAAUCAAAAUGAUUAGGUUAUACAAAGGCUCAAUCCCAUUCCAAUUUUCACCCCCACUCCUUGUUUUUGAGUGUCCCCUUGCCUCCUCAGAGUUACAAGGAGUAGUGAUUGAAAUCUCUCCCUAUGAAAUGUGACAAGAUCCCCCCUUCAAGACCCUUAUACAUCAUCAGUAGUCAAUGGCAUUUAUGUAAACAGACGGGAUCACACAAUUGCAAUAUCCCCUUCCAACAUUCCCCUUCAACUGUGGUGAGUUCUUUUGCAUUACUUUGGCAAUCCUGCAUUACAAUGCCAUUUGCCAUUUAUCUGUAGAGAGAACAACUGGGAUGCUCGCAUAUUGUUCAAAACUUAACGCUAUCAAUCAACUCAUCAAGUAAAUUUAAGAAAAGGAACCAUAAUGCCUUAAAAUGAGUUUUCAUAAGCCUCAGUUUGAAGCACACCUCUAAAAAAACCAUGCACCCCUAAUGCUGAACCCUACACCUGUAUCCCAACAGAGGGUUAGGACUAAGUGGUAGGGGCACGGGGUGUAUUGGAAUUGGGCCAAAGGAUCUGAAGACAAAAGGGUCUAUAGCUGUUUUGGUUUGCCACACUUAAAAUUAGGGUCAGAUGUCUGUCCUAGAGAGGGCUAAGACAUGAUCAUUCCACCUUGCGGAAGCUGCAAAUUUUAGCAUUACAAUCUGUGAAGGCAGCAUGUGGGUGAAGAAUAAAAAAAGAGGGUUGGCAAAGUUUUACACCUAUGCACACCUGGCCACUUGCUGUGGCCAUGCCAAGUUGGCAUGCUUGUUAGAUUGUAACCAAGCUUGAAUUCCUGCAUUGGAAGGGUGUGAGGAGAAGGUACUGGACAUGGUGCUUGGCCUUUCAACCAGAAAUGUGUUUGAAGCAUACUGAGUUCUUAAGUAUUUCAGCUUUGAUUUCACUUUAUCUAACACACACAUACUUGUGUGCAAUGUAGUCUUAAUUUUUCGUCCAGGGCUGUUGCCAUCAUCAGCUCAGCCUCCAGCAUUUUUUGGUCCAUCUCUAGCACCACCCAGGUGUUUGUUCUUAUACAGCCACGUACACAGCUAUGCAUGUUCAUGUUUGGAUGUUCUUAUACUGCAGACGUCCUUCCCCUUCCAUAAGAAGAAAAUCACCCAACAGAGGUGUAAGCUUUAAGGAAGGUUCUGGCAGGGAGGAUUUUAUGAGAAGGAGGAAGGGGUUUGGAAAGCGCUCAAACAUGGCAUAUGACCUGUGUUGAAUCAGCUGAAUACCAUAGUCUAGUCAUUGUACAAAGAAGCAUUAUGACUUGGAGUAAGCACUAAGAAUGUGUGCCAAUAGUCUGAUGUUGAUUUCUCCUCAUUUCUUAUUUGAACAACCUUUAAUCUUAUCAACUAUUUAGCACUGCUAUCAAUCUGAAAUCCUCAACAUGUCAAAUUACUUUAACAUAUCAGCAAUUUGUUAUGAAAAGGUGACACAGUAUGUAGGAAGGUUGUUUAACAACAUGCAUCAAGCUAAAUUGCCUUAGAGCUUGUUGCAAAACCCCAAAAACCCAACCAAUCGUGGUUGGCAUUUAAAUGAAUGAAUUUUUUGAGGGAUGGUAUGAAUCUCAUAAUAAUUUGCCUCUUUUAGCCCUGCACCACCCUGAGCAGGUUCAAAAUAAACCAAACCAAUUUCUAUGCAACAUGACAUCUGAACCCUUAUGCAAAUCAGUAACAAUACUGAUGUCCCUCACUGUUAAAUAGCUCAUUAAAUAUAACUUCUACAGAAGGACACUGAUAGUUUGGGAUGAUUUAAAUCUUCAAAUGAAUUUAAAAGAGCAAUUUGUAAGUUUAAAAUGUUCAAAAAAUGAACUGACAUUUUCAGCAGCAUGUGAAGAAACAACAGCGUUGACAUUAAGUCAAAGAUGUCUAUGUACUGUGUUGCAGAGAUACUAAUGAAGUUAGCAGACCGAACAGCUGCCACAGCCUGUCCUGUAUCAUAAUACCACUUAGGUGAUGGUCUGAUUGCUCCUCUAGUUUCAGUUUCAAGACAGAUCUCUGAAAAUUUAUAAUUAAGUUUAAGAAAUUCUGAAAUUCAGAGCAACAUGCUUGUUUUGCAUUGUAAGAUUAUUAUCAGUUUCAUCUCGGGGUCCAGUACAGAGAUAAGUCUGAAGGGUUUAAACUAGCUAAGUAGUACAAAGACUGGGAUCAGGAAGAAAUUCCUAUCUGAGCUGCAUUCAUGCGAUGUUGGCAGAAUGCAGAAAAAUUUAAAACCAACUUGGUACUUCCCAGUUGACCAACACCUCUGUACUGGGUUCACAAUUGAUGUUGAUCUUCUCAUUUGACCUGAGUUCACAGCAAACUCAUUUCUUAAAAUGCUUUUGAUGUAUUUUAAACUGUUGGCUAACAUCAUAUCUGAGAUCCUACCAGUCCAGCACACAUGAUACCGUACUCCCUGUGUCUGUGAAUGCCUUACAAAGCCUAUUAUACAGCACCCACACAGUGUAGCCUAAUAACAAAUGCCUGUUUGCUGGUAACAAAAACUUUUUAAUGUGCUUCAUCUAUUUUUCAUUUCAACACCUGCACCUCAAGCUACCUGCUGUUUUAUGUAUUUGUUUUUGGCUAGGAUUGCUUUCAGUGGGGUGGCAAAAUAACUUAGCAAAGUCAGAUCAUUCUUGUAACUGUCAGUAUAUGUGUAUUUUUUGUCUGGGUGCUGUCCAGAAUACAAACUUGCCAAAUACUUCCCCAUGUCCCCUUCAGCUUUUCUACCAUGUUCACUUUGCUUCAUUGGAACCUUUAAUCACCACGUUUCUUCUUUAUUUGAUUUUUCUCUCAAGUCAGUGUUGUCUGUUGACUACUGGUUUUGGUAACACUGUAAAUGGCUGCACCCUAUUGACUAUAAUGCAAGUUUUUCAAUAUGCAAGAUGGGGCAAAAACUCAUUUGACGUCACCUUUAUUUUCCACAUAUCUGAUUGUCUUCUUUGAAAGACACCUUUGCCCUGAUGGGCUCACAUAUUGCCUUUAUUGUUUGAUUGUAAACCAUUAAAGCUCCAGGUCAGAAGUCUGAUCUGAAAGCUAAUGGCAUUUGAGGAUGAGUCCUCUUUACAUUUUCUGUAUGCUACUACUUGUUCACGAUUUGUAAAUGAUACAUUGCGACAGUUAUGAACAGUAUGACAACAAAAUGUUUUGACACAGUGUUGGUACAGACAUUCAUUCACACUAUAUCCCUCCCUGAUCUCAGCUGCACUCAGUCAGCACUGUACUGCAAAUCAGAUAGUUAGCAGGAGAUAAAUGUCCCCUUUAAUUCCAUUACGGGACCUAACCAGGGGUUCCUGUCUACACAGUUUAGUACAAAUCACAUACUUUGCUGCUGACCAUUUUCUGGAGAAUGCUGUAUAGUUUCAGCUUUUUUGUGUGUCCUUCUUCUCAACUACUGAUUUCUAUUUCACACACUGUAAAAAUAUACAUGCAGGGAACUAGAACUGUCACGUUACAUAGAAUGGCUCUGCAUCUUUGUCUCCAAGGUUUUCAGAUAUUGAGCAGCCACUGAAAUUCAUUAUAGGAAGACCGUCAAUAUAACAACUUUAAGUAAGGAAUACUUUCAGCUAUUUGGAAUAAGUAAAGCACAGUCAGACAGGUGGAGGCAACAGAAAAUACCUCACUGACUCCAUGAAAGUUCUUUUCUAUUCUACUCAGUUUAAGCCACUGAAAUAUGGUUCACAUAGUGGAGAGCAGCAGUGGGCUCAGCACUGCCACUUACUGUCUUGAAGCUGAAUACUGAAUACAGUGGUUGUCCCUCAGUAUUAUACUGCAUAGUACCAUAUUUGAGAGAAGUCAUUCUCAGUCAGACUAAAUAAUGAUUUUAUUGUUUCGUUUGUGACUCUUUGAUUUAACAUUCCUCCCACUGAAGUGUUAUGAGCUGCUUAGUACUUGAAAUGAUCAAGUUGAGGAGACAGUGAUGCAGACCACUCUGGCAGUAUUCCUUUUUGUCAGUUACAUUACUGCUUUGAGGUAAUGCAAAGAAUGUUGAGCUUAAUGAUAGUGACGCUGACUUUUUGGGUCUGAGGGUCUUUUUGAGUUUUAAUGGGUUCAAUCAUGGUCAGCCAUGUGGAACUGAUCCUAAAUCAAUGCUAAAAUAAUAUGAUAUAUGUACGUAUUAGUUUGAGAUCAUUUUUGAUCCGGUUGAAAUGCUUUCGGUACAUAUCUUGUGUCUGCUGUCAUUGUCUCAGCUAUAAUUCAGCAACAGUGCAGGAUUAUCACUCAGACAGACUCAUGUUUACCAAGGUAUAUUUACCUUUCUUAUUCCCAAAUUGAUAUCUAACAUUUUAAUUUGUUGAGGGAAAGUUGAGGUGAUUCAAAGUUGGACUUUCAAGAAUCCAAACACUUUGUGUCAGAGUGACCUGCAUUUUGGCUUAGGUAAACAAUGGAAACCAGUGUGAUCUCCUCUCUGUGAUACCCUCGCUCGCUCGGUCCAAACAGACACAGACGACUUACACAAACACACUGACACACACAUAUCUCUCUGUUUUCUGCCAACAUACUUCUGCUAAAUUUUGAUUAGGAGGAAAUUAUACCAAUCUGAGACAACCUGAGGUCUGUCAAAUGUAGUUUCUGCCCCAUGGUACACCUGGAAUACUGGUUGUGCAGUCUCAUGUAUGUGCUGUUUCAGAAUAAUCUCUGGGGGCCUUUUGACCUAAAACAAUAUUUCAUGCCAUGAUCCAUUUCAAAUUUGAUAGCUUUGCCAGCCAGGCUGAAGUUCAACUGGUGUACCAUCUCCGGAGUGAAUCAUAUGCUGAAAUAUUCCCUACAGGAUGUAGUAGGUAGGGCAGGAGAGAAAUAUCACAAUGUAAAAGAUUUUUGUUCAGUCUGAUAUUGAUGUACUUUCCCUACAAUAUUGAAUUCAUUCAGGCAUUCAUUUAAUACUUGUUUUGUUUUGUUUUUAAGUUCAAUUAUUACUUUAAGGAAGAAGGUUAAUUUAAGGAGUUUUCCCAUACAGGCAUUCCAUAAAGAACCAGAGCUGGUCCUCAUAGAGAAAUGAGUGGUGAAUCUCAGUGAUAGAAGUGAUGGUCGAACUAAAAGAUGUGGCAUAUUCCUCUUUAAGGAGGAGGAAGCAGUUUGUGACAGAGGCAGUUCAAUAUCUUGGAGGAGCUCUGGGCUAGAAAUUUUAAAAGGCAGCUACACUAAAUAGACAACCAAGAAACCUUACACCAAGACUGUAUAAGCCACACAGGGAACCAAAAGCCUUAUGUAUUUGGGUCUUCUCAAUACUGGUCUGUCAAUGGAAGAAAAUGAAGCUCAAAAAGUGCCAUAUAUUUCCAAAUGGAGUAAAAACAAGUCCUAUUUGAACCAGCUAAGCUGGAUUUGUAGCCAUGAAUGCUGUACAUAAAAUUUAAAAAGAACAACAGAAUAAAUGAGCUUAAACUUGAACAGAAAACUCCACCACACUGGCCAAAGUUCAAGUCAAAGAGGGGGUAAACUGAGCCAGUGGGUAAAAUGAGCCACCCACUGUAUCCAGGUAACUAUUUACAAGUAGCCGUGUGAAUUACUCACUUCAUGUUUGAUAGAAGCACAUGGAGCAUCAGUCCUUUAUCUUAGAUAAAAGAGAUAUAAUAUCUAUUAUAUAUAAUAGAAAGAUUUGGACACUGUAAUAUGUUAAUUUAAGUCAGUGUAAGCUACAAAAUAAGGUAUUAAAAUUAAAAUAACUGGAUCUGAACCAACAUGCGAAACCUUGGAGGUCAUGAAGUAAAAUGUACCAGUGCUCAUCACACAUAUACAUCUUAUAUAUUCCUAAAAGCUCACUAAUUAAUUAAUGAAUUCAUUUUAAGCUGCAAAUACUGUGCACACAAAAGCACAGACAUGCUCUCUGUAGCUACACACAAAGAUUACAGUUGAAUCUUUCCUGAAAAUGUUCACUUAUCAUCUUUAACAAGUGCAAACUUUUUACUUACUUACUUACAAGUAUGCUGUAAGUUUUUGCCUUUGCUAAGUUGGUGGCAUUAAUAAAGUUCAAAUGAUCUCAAAAUUGUUGGAUUUUAUGUUAAACAUCAGUAUUUAACAGUGGCUGUUUACCCCUGGAGGGCUUAAUUUCGAUCCCCUGCUUAAAUGAUCUCCACCUUGAGACAAGUUAAGACUACUUCUUUUUUAUCGGUCAGUGUUACGAAAGCUUCAUACUUGGAUAAAUUUAUUCAUUUUUCAUAGGUACACAGAAAACCGAGGUACAUAUUUGAAAUAAAUAUAUUGCAGUAAAAUUGUCUCAUCUUACUCCGCUGUCCACUACAGUAUGAAGAAGAGGUCAAAUCAGUGUUUAUGUGAAGCGGAAAGGAACAGCCCUCCUACUAGGGUUUGAGUUACACCAAAUGUUACCUGUCACAAUUGAAAGAUGGGUUCCACUUUAGCUUAGAUUGGAAUCAGCGGUCAUGUUUGGAUUGGAAGUGUAUGAUACAUCCAUGAUGACAUUAAAGGGCCAAUGAUGAGGAGUCUCACCUACCUAAGGACAAUAACCAAGUCUGGGUUCCUCUGCAGGGCUAACAUUGCAUGUACUGUACUCUUCUUCCUUUUUGCCUUGUGUCUUUUUUGGUCUUGAGUCUAAUAUUGCUUAGAAACUUAGAGGUUGUGUGGCUCCACCUGCUGGAUUUAAAAUGAUUUUUUAUGAAAUGUCUGUCAGCUAAAACUCCAAUCUUUUCUCAGAGUAUCUGCUUGCAGCGCCCACUGCAUCACACUCCACUGCAGAGUCACAGGUUUGUUUUCCUGUGAUCAAACCCUUCUGACUGGGUUCUGUCCUGGAACACUGUGGGCAGCACCACUGAGCUCUGCAAACAUCCAGACUGUUAAAUGUCAUAAAUGUGUCUGAUGCCUGUUUGCUGUCUGCCCACUUAAAUGCACGUGUACAUAUCACGUAUUUUAAAGCUUUAACUGUACAGUGUUAUAUUAAUAUAUACUGCAAAUAUCUAUGAAUUACUACGUUGUGUCUUAUUUGUUAUUGGGUGAUUAAUCAUCAUUCUCCCCUAUCACUACACACUAAGAAUAUUUAUUUACAUAAUAUAACAUUGUAGUUAAAAGCUCAAGUUCAAAACAACAAAACUCUAGAAGAACUUUCCAUCAAAACACUAAACCCAGCCCAACCCUAACCUUACUGAUGUGUAGGUAAGUGCUGAGUCCUUGAUUUUUCUCCACUGGACAAGCCUUGUUAUCUUUUGUGUUAAUCUGAAAUAUUAACAGUGUGUAUCUGUGCUGUCUAACAGUGUCAGUCUCUUCCAGAUCGUCAGUAGCCUUCUGCCUCAGUGCCGUUCCUCGUACCCUCCCCACAGCUGAGGGUUUCAGCCUCUUCUGCUCCUUUCCCAGCAGCAGUGUGUCGACCCUGUUGGAUCCCUCAGCAGACGCCCACCAUGAGUGCCUCCUGUCUGGCGUCCUCAGUCCACUCUGGGUCCUCCGUGUCUGUGGAACAUACCACCUGACCCCUCGCACUGUUGACACAUAAGACUCACCCAACGUUUUGUCUAGAGGAACUGGCCAACCUGAGAACAGUCCCACACUGCCUCUACAGGGAGUGCCUGGCUCACACUUACAUUGCUUUGGAGAAGCAGAAAUAUGCUACUGUGACACUCGCGACUGCCAGCAGAGCCACAAGAACCUACUGAUGCAGCCACGUCAGAACUGCAGCACCUAUUUAUCCACGUAUUCAUCCGUUCAGUUCGAGUCAUCCAAAUGAAAUUGAUCAGAUCUUCUUUUGGUGUCACUCACAGUUGUUACUGUGUGUUAACGUAAACAUUUGGUUGAAGAGUCCCAUAAUGUGUAUUAGUCACAGAAUAGUAUCAUACAUGUAUGUUAAUCCUUGUGUGUAUUUCAUUACGCAUGUGCAGUUGUAUAGAUUUUAGCUUUUGAUGCUUCAAACAUGGUUGCUUAUUUUUGACUCAUGUUUUAAUUUUUUUUUUUUUUCCGGUUCACAUGUAUUAUUCAUACACAUGAAGUCUGCCUCUUCAUUUAAACAUGAAGUAUGCAGGAUAAGCACAAACUAGAGCAAUGCAUUCCAAAAAUGACGUAUGUGUUACUGUAAGUAUUUCAUUAAAAGCUGCAAAAAGCUGACACGACAUCAAUAUUCAACAUGUCCUCUUUGUGUAGUUGGCAGUGUUUAGAUGAAACUUCACACAGUAAGACUCCUCUGUACUCUUUGACUGCAUUGUCAAUCCAUGCUGGCAAUUCACUUGUAGCACAACUGCCAAAUGAGGAAGCCAACAGGACACAAGUGGAUAUCAGCUGAUAUGAGCCUGGGGAGAGAAAGUAAUGUCCAUCCAUCCAUCCAUCCAUUUUCAUCCGCUUAUCCAACCGGGUCACGGGGGCAGCUGUCUGAGCAGGGACACCCAGACUUCCCUCUCCCUGGACACUCCCAAGGCGUUCCCAGGCCAGCUGGGUGACAUAGUCACUCCAGAAAAUAAUGUGUAUCAUUUAAAAACAGCAAGCAUCAUUGGAAAAAAGCUGACAAUGAGUGGACCUCUGCACAGGAUAGAUGUAACAAGGUGUUUACCCACUGACAUCACCACACUGUGGAGUAUUAAAAUAAUACUGAAGGUGUCACAUCCUGCAAGUUUAUCUGCAUUUAUCAGUACCACUUUGUCUCUGUGGCCACUGCAACACAAGUCACAAAGAAGUUUGAUCAACUUAAAUUUCCGUUCUUUCAUAAGACCGUGCUCUGCUGUCAGGAUCUUACUCUUAUUUACUUGAUGAACAUUCAUAAACAAUAUUGUUGCAAUACAUUUUGGUUCAGACAUAUUCUCACUAAAAGCAUCACUUUCAAAUCAGAAUUAAACUUCUAAUGCUCAA